AUGUACACAGAAUCGAUUGGAACGAUUAAGCAAAACGAUAGGCUCGUGUGUCAGCAGUCUUUCGACAAUCUUGCCAUAUGUUUCGCUAUCUACGCGUCAUUCCUCAUCUUGUUUUCUAAAUUCUUCAAUACAGCAUAUCUAGUGAAGAGGGAGAAGACCGCUAUAGUGAAGUCAGCUGAAAAAGUUGAUUAG